GCAGUGUGUUGGGUCCUCUGGCUAAAGCUGAUUCCCUCAGGGAGCUGCGUGUGUGCUGCCCUCCCCUGGCCGAAGUGUGAUGGGCCAUUCCCAUAGCAGUUCUCUCUGCUGAUUGGUGAAAAAUAACGAUCCUGGUGCAGGGAACCAUUCAUCCAAGCAUCUCAAACAGCCAUCUGAAGACAACGUCUCCAUUGUACGGAGGCACCCGGAGCUGUGGGAAAACACCGGGGAUCCAGCAUGUCUGCCGACGUCUGGGUGGGAGCAUGGAGACCCCACCGGCCCAAAGGGCCCAUCGCUGCUCUCUACAGCAGUCCCGGGCCCAAGUACGGGCUCCCCACAAACGUAGGUUACCCCCUUCACGACCCCUCCCGCUACCGAGCCCCCGCGUACAGCUUCGGCAUCCGCCGCCUCUAUCUGCAGGAUGAGUGCUCCCCGGGACCCAAGUACAUGGUGCCAGCCAAGAUGACCGUGAAGGGCAAAGAUGGUAACCCUGCCUACUCCAUCUAUGGCCGUCCCAGGGACCUGAUGCCCUUCCUGACCCCCGGGCCAGGUCGAUAUUCUCCAGAGAAGGCAGGGAAAUGGGCCUAUCACUCCGCGCCCAUCUAUUCGCUCGCCUCACGCACGAAGGAGUUUGCGAAUGACCAGACUCCAGGGCCUGCCGCCUACGGGCUCCCCCCAAUGAUCGGGCCCAAGGUUGUCGGCAAGAGCACUGCCCCAAACUAUUCUCUCCUGGGGCGCAGCUUGGUCGGCAGCUUCUAUGAGGACCUGAGCAAGACGCCAGGGCCCUGUAACUAUCGUGUGGUGGAACCCAGCGUGUACAAGACCCGGGCCCCCCAGUACAGCAUGCUUGCCCGCAACAUGCUCCCUGGGGACAACACACAGAAACCAGGGCCCGGGGCGCACAGCCCGGAGAAGUACAUCCAGCAGCGUGGCCAGACCUUUGGGAUCCGCCACUCCGACUACCUGGCGCCCCUCAUCGUGGACGUGGUGGAUUAAGCGAGUGCGGUCGGAGGAGCAGAGGGAGUGGCUGGUCACGGGCAUUAGAGAGAGGGACGGGCUGGACAAGAAUUUUGCAUUUGAAAAUCUUUGCUGACUUAACACUCUGUCCGGUCGCCUUUGGCAAGUCAGCCUCCAGCUCCUCAGCCCCAGGGAGACCCGGGGAGCUUGGGCCUGGUGCCUUUGCGCCGUUCGGCAGCAGCCAGACAGUGGAACCGGAGCAGGCCGUCGUGUGAGUGUGAGCUGGAAAGGGAGUGAGGCGAGGUCAGGCUGGUUGAAGCGCACCCGAAAGACAAGGCUCUCUUGCACUAGCCACAGUAGCUCAGGUCCCCCCUCACGUUCUGUCUUUCACUCCUGGGGGGGAUCCGUUCACAGCGGCGGACACCGGGGAGGCCAACGCGCCCACGCUCUCCUCUCUGUGGGCCUCUUCGGUGCCGAGGACGGAGCUAGUCCUCGGAGCGUGGCUAGGAGACCUAAUGCAGCAACUGGCUCCCACGCAAUGCAGCCCAGCCCACCAAUGCCCCUCGCCCUUGGCUUCUCUCCUGGGCCGCCGGCGAACAACUGCUGGAUCCUUGCCCAGCGCUUUCUGCCUGCCAGUGAGGAGGUGGAAGGGUCUCGUUUUGACUGCUCUGUGCCCUGAGGUUUCCCCGUCAGACCCUGGGAUUGUCCCUCUCUGAGCACAGGCCGCUGCCGCCGUCAGCUACAAGCUAUUGUCCAGGGCUUUGUCCAGCCUAGCAAUGGGCUUCCCACCCAUCCCCUGGCUGGCCAGUUCCCUCUCCCCACCCAUCUCUCUUCCGGGGCAUCUUCCCAAACCCUCGACCUACAUUUCCCUUUGCGCAGUUUGAGCCCACUCCUCCAUAUCACCCCCCCUUUAUCAUGCUGAUUCCUCUCCGUAUUCUCCUGCUGCCCCUUGGCUGUCCCUUAGCCACCUUGCAGGGUUAGUGCUUUCAGCUUCCCCCCUUCCUCACCCCACAACUCAGUGGCCCCCGGCCCUCAGCAGUGUAGCUGCUCUGAUUUGAGUUCCUGCCACUGUGUUCACAUCUUUCUGGCGCUCAGAUCCCUGGAGCUGAGCACAAGCUGGGCUCUCCCUGGAGCUGCGCAGAGAGGGCCCCUGCCUGCAUUUGGAUGAGAGGCCCAGAGCUGAGCAUUCCCCAGGUUGCUCCUCCUGAGCCGCCUUUGCAACUCCCUGUCCCGUUCUGGUUUCCAUGUGCUGAACCUUUUCUGUCUGCCUUGUGUCGGGACGGAUCCCACUACAAUGUGCUGCACGGUCUGUGCUCAUGCUGAGGUCACUCAGGAUAGAAAUUGGAUCCUCCUGCUCCAGAAACACAGACCGCACCCACUUGAGCUACAGGAGAAUCACCCCUUAGCUGUCCCUGUAAUGGGCUCACCACACAUAUUGUGCAAUUCUGAUUCUGUCCAGGAGAGGGCAGUGCUCUCUCCAUCAUUCUCUGUGUCUUACACACUCUAGUUAGUUCAUUACAGACACUAUAUGUUUAUACCCAGAUGUGGUUAUAAUAACCACAUCCCCAUCUCUGUAGGGAAACUGAAUGCAGAAACAAGCUCCAGGCGAGGCACAAACCACCCUAGAGGGUUCUGGAGAGGCAGACUAUUCCGUGAGAGCAGACUCCCACUCCUUCCCUGGGAGACAAUUCACCAGGCCCAUAGCUUCAUAGGCAUUAAGACCAGAAGGGACCCAGCCUCAUGCAAUUGUUUCUGCCUCAUACAGAGAUUCUAAGAGAUUCAAAUGGUAGCAAAUAGAAAUUCUGGAAACAAAUGGUUUACAUAUAAAAUAGAAGCAGAACACGCAUUGUGAAACCUGGACGUAUUUAACUAACGCUCCCCCAAAGUCCUUGCAGUGUUCUGCAGCCAGGCCGUGCUGUGCUCUGUUUUUCAGGAGGGAAGCCACGCUACCAGCUUGUCUCCUUGGUGAAGGGUGCCAGAGGGGAGGGGUAACCCCUGCCCCCCAGGGAUGCUCCAACGCUCCCUUGUCUUUACUCAUUAACAGGGUGCUGCCCUGCUGGUUGCUGGAGGGUUUUUUUCCUAUGUGUCUCUUUCUUGUCGAUUUUGCAAACUCUUGAUCAGCAUCGGCUCAGUCUGUGGACAGGCCUCCGUUGUGAAGCGGGCAAUACCCAAUUCCUGCCUGAACUCCCAGACCUUAAGAAUAUGAUUUCUAGUACAGAUACAUAAUUCCAGAAACAGUGUCUGUCUGUACGCUUUGCAAUGAGUAUGAUGACCAGCUCUGGGCAGAGCCCUCACAUGCCACCCUUUGGUAAACUUAACAUGUACACGUCCAACCCAAGGUAUCCCUGUAAAACACCAUGCAACUCCGUGCCUGCUCAGGGUCCUGGAUCACACCUCACCCCCUACGCUGACUCCUGAUUCUGUCACUGGCUAAUGUAUAUGUCAGCUUGGAACCCUCUUGCCCAGACAGUGCAUCUGCCUCCACAUUUCCUUUGCCUUUAAUAUGGACAAUUUCCAUAUCAUAUUCCUGCAGCCCUGUGCUCCAGGGCAUCAGGCUGGAGUUGGACCUUCAGCCCUGUGUACCUCUACCAAAGCAGAGGGGUCUCCCUUGGAAGCUUGUUCCAAUACUCAACUAUCCUUAUAGCUAGCAGGUUUGUCCUAAUAUCUCACCUAAAUCUCCCUUGCUGCAAAUUAAACUUGUAUUGUCCGGGAGAGGCUGAGCAGUACAGGACAUCCAUUACUGGGGGAAAUAUAAGACUGGGUCUGUGCUGGCGUCACCCUGCAGUAUGAACAAGGCUGGUAAGAGCUGAGCUGUGCCUGGCUGCAGAUCACACGCACACCAAGCUGGAAGAGGCUGACGUGCUGGAGCCUGUUGGGCAGCAUCCCAGGACUGUAGGCUACAGAAGCAGAGCAGGGUGCAGGGCACCCCAGGUUAGAGCCCGGGUGACACAGCUACUCACUAGUCCAGACUGUGCCCUGGGUCUGUCACACUCUCAUGGCUUUGUCCUGUUCAGGUACCAUUACAAUAGGAGACUCCCAGGGGCUUUCUGACUCAGUGAUUACCCCCGUUUCACGCAGGCUUUCCACCUCCUCCAGAACUUGUUGCUGCAUUUCCCCUUCAGCCUUGGAUGCUCUGCUAGGAGCAGGGCUGGGCCCUGAGGUUUGCGUGGAGUCUGCAAUCUUGGCAGUUAAACCUGGUGAGGAAAAUCCCUGUUUGUGGUGCUUUGAAAGGGCCGGUGUUUCCUGCUUUGGGGGUGGAUUUAAACCCGCCCUGAACUCAGGGCUUUCCAAGGGAUUCUCUGCCCUGCUCUCCCUGACCAAAUCCAUUAAAGGGAAGGGGAAAGUUUCUUCAUCAAAACAACAAAUCAAAUUUACUGCCAUCUCCCUUGGAGGGUAAGUUUUACUCUAUUGAUAUGCACAGUUUGCACCGUUCCUCUGCUGCUGGGCAUCCUUACAUCAUAAGUGACGGUUUUCACCCCUUCAACCUCCUUACAAUGUCCUUCCUAUAAUCCUGCCUUUUGUUUCCUCUCACUGGAUUCACCGCUAACACCAACUCAGCAGUUUCACAUGAUCUUCCUCCAGUAUGCUGAUCAUACCAAACGUGCCGAGUUCCCUGACCUUUUUCAAGGGUCUGUCACACUCAAUUCCUCAUUACCUGUAAAUUCUUCUUAAAACGAGUGACAUAUUCCCCAUCUUUCCUCAGUACUGCCCUCCCCAGAGCCUCCAAUCAAAUCUAACGGUCCCCUAACCUGCUUCCCAUACAGGAGAUCAAAGGGGGCAAAACUGGUAGAGUCUCAGGAGACCCUUCUGUGCGCAUUGAGCAAACAAUGAAGUAAAACGUCCCCAUCAUUCUCAUGCCUGGCAACGUACGUUCUUAGCACAGCUUUUUAAGUUCCGUUAAAUCUUUCCAUGAAUCCAUCUGUCUGUGGGUUAUAGGAAGUAGCCUUUAUAUGCUUUGGUCCGAAUCCUUCCUGUGGCUUUUGAAAGACUACACACAUGGAAUUUGCACCACAGUCUGUCAAGAUUUGUCUGGGAAAAACUAAUCUGCUAAAAAUGGUGACUAAAGCUGAAGCCAGUGUUAAGCCUAUUCCAGAGUUUACCUACACUUAGAAUUAUUUUUUUUCCUGAUAGCUAACCCAGUGGUCUCCAACCUUUUUACACCCAAGAUCCCUUUUUGAAUUAAAGGGCAAUGCAGGAUCUAUCCCGCCCCUUCCCUGAGGCCCGUUCUUUCCGCAAAGCCCUGUCCUGCUCACUCCAUCCCCCCCUUUCUACAAUAGAUUUUAUUAGCUGAAGUCUCUCACAAGACCCAAUUCUCUUGGCUGCUCAUGCGUGGAGGUGAAAUAGCUGACGGUUCCCAUUGAUUUCACUGUCUAUUAGAUAAGAGCAGCUCAGGGUGGAGGUGCAGAAAGGUUUUCUCUCACCCAGGUUGGGUAAAGUGCCUUCCUUCAAUCUCAAGUUGAUGGAACUGUCCUCCUUUACACUGGUUCAGCAUCUACCCUUCAACUUUAAAAUAUAUAUAAAUGGGAAAUGCAAAGUUUCAUUGAAUGAAAAUUAAAGAGCCCCAAUUUCAGCGGCUAGGACUCAUGAACUGAGCACUGGAGUGAAAUCUGAGACCUUAACAUGCAUUUUUAAAGAGAAUCUCAUCUGCAUUAUUGGAACAUUUAAUCCCAUUAAAAAGUUACUACUAUUAUAAUAAUACACCUCUUUGACCAUAUAAAAUAUAAUGUGUUGUUUGUAAAGUGCUUUGAAAUGCUUAGAUCAGA